AUGGGUAAAUUAAAAGCUGCUAUGUUGAGGUAUCUUACUAAGGAAGAUUUCAGAGUUUUAACGGCUGUUGAAAUGGGAAUGAAGAAUCAUGAGAUUGUACCAAUUCCACUGAUAGCAGCCAUUGCCCAUCUACAUAGUGGUGGUGUUCACAAGAUCCUCAAUGAGUUGUCCAAACAUAGAUUGGUGGCUUAUGAAAAGAACGGACGGAAAUUUGCAGGAUUCCGACUGACCAACUCUGGUUAUGAUUAUUUGGCAUUGAAAGCUCUAGCUAAUAGAGAUGUGGUAUUUUCACUCGGAAAUCAGAUUGGUGUUGGUAAAGAAUCAGAUAUUUACAUCAUAGCUAACAAUGAAGAUACCCAAUUAGCUUUAAAACUACACAGACUUGGUCGUACAUCAUUUCGUCAGUUAAAAAAUAAACGUGAUUAUCAUCAACAUCGUAAAAAUAUGUCCUGGUUAUAUUUAUCACGUAUUGCUGCCAUGAAAGAAUUCGCUUAUAUGAAGGCGCUGUAUGAAAGAAAGUUUCCAGUACCGAAACCUGUAGAUUAUUGUAGACAUGCUGUCAUCAUGGAACUCAUCAGUGGCUAUCCUAUGUGUCAAGUCCGUGAAUUAGAAGAUCCUGGUACUGUUUAUAAUGAAUGUAUGGAGAUUAUAGUUAGACUGGGAAACUCUGGGUUGAUACAUGGUGAUUUUAACGAGUUUAAUCUAAUGUUAGACUCCGAUGAUAAAGUGACAGUUAUAGAUUUUCCUCAGAUGAUUUCUACUUCACAUUUAAACGCUGAAUGGUAUUUUGAUAGAGAUGUGCAGUGUGUUAGAAAUUUCUUCUCUAAAAGAUAUAAUUAUGAAAGUGAAUUAUUCCCCAAAUUCUCAGAUGUCAGUCGAGAAGAGAAUAUAGAUAUCCAGGUAGCUGCUAGUGGUUUUACUAAAGAAUUAGCUCAAGAAUUUGAUGAGUUGGAUAUUUUACACGGCCCCGGAAAAGAAGAUGAAGACGAUGAAAGUGAUGAAGAGGAAGAAGAAGAAUUUAAAGAUGCUUCAGAAAAUAUCACAGAUUAUAAAAAAAUGGCGAAAGAACUUCAACAAGAACAUGAUGAUAUGGAGAAAUAUUUUGAUUCCAAUUCAAAAGUUGAUAAAGUGACAGAAUAUUUAAAUCGCUGCGAUAUGAUUGGUGCUGAUGACUCUCAAGGGGAAGUAACCCAAAUUGACAAUGUUGAAACAAGUGAACCUAAAGAAUGUGAUGACAGUGAAUCAAUUGUGUCAACUAAUAACGCUGUGGAUGGCUCUGAUGAUGAAUCGGAUAUCGCUGGUACCAAUCGUAAUUUCCGACCCUUUCGAAACGUUGAGAGCAUGGAUCAUACGAACCAUCAUUUAAAUCGUUAUCCCCGAGGCUUGGACAGUAACAGCACCACGUCCACCAUCAUUGAUCCAGAAGUUAUUAAACGUAAACUCAAACAUCAGAUUAAGAUAAAACACGAACGUGACGAAGCAAGACGAUAUCGUAAAAGUGGAGAAUCCAGUCUGAUUACCAAGAGUCGAAGAGAAAAUUCAGAUGAAAUAAAAGCCAGUCUGUCGGCUGAAUGGUAUGGAUAAAUUAUAAAAUUUAAUAAAAAUAUUGUAACAUUGCUUGUAGCUGUUUAUGAAGAGUAAGGCCGGCCAGACACUGGAGAUUUUACUUGUCUCCGAGACUUCUAGCUUGUGAUCAGAAUUUGCCCAUAUUAAGCCUAGA